AUGCCAAGUAGCACUGGUACGAUGAAUGAUGAAACAAGAAUAAUUGAACGAAAUCCAAAUAAAUUACGAUUACAAGAGUCAAAUCCUAUUUUAACAACACCAAGAAAAAAUAGUUCAGUAAGUCGUGGUUCAUAUUGUUCAACUCCAACAGUUCCUACAUCAACAACGUCUGAUCGACGUCGAGCAACAGUAUCUGAAGGACGACCAACAACAAAAAUAACAUCAAAUAGUUCUAAUAAUGGACUACCACUUACUAAACUAAAAGAAAAAGAUGAAAUUUCACAAUUACCUCCACCAAAAUCAAAAUCUACAU